CUUUACAAAAUGAGCGGGCGGGCUUCAGUGCAGAAGCAGAUGCGAGAGGCGCACGGAUGAUCCACGUACUAAUUAGCCGCGGAUACAUCAACGGGGAUAAUCGGAUUAUGAGGAUUUGAGGAGGAGAACUCGGGCCGCUUUCUGUCCUCCGGUGUCACCGCCGCUAUGGGGAUAGACCGGCGGCGGAGAGCGUCGCUGGCUCUCACCUUGAACUUUGUGGCCUUGUUCCUCGCGGUGUCGGCUCUCGGGACUAGCCACUGGUGCGCCGGAACCCGCAAGGUCGUCAAGCCGUUCUGCACCGGCCCGGUGACGACCAAGCAGUCCUUCUGCAUCAGGUUCAACAGCUCCAAUUUGAACGACACGCGGCUGGUGCAGUACAUCUGGGAGACCGGCGAGGACAAGUACGUCAUGAGGAAGUUUCACACCGGGAUCUGGUUCUCCUGCGAGCAGAACAUCAACAUGACCGGUGAAAACUGCAGAAAUUUUAUCUAUGUUGCACCUGCAAAUGAAAGAGGGGUGCUGUGGUUGUGCAUCGUCGCGGAGUGCCUGUACAUCAUGCUCUUGGCCACCGGGGGCAUCCUCAUGUCAAUAGAAGUGUGCCAGUUUGGCAACGUCAUCGAUGGCCUCAAGCUCAAUGCCUUUGCUGCCAUAUUCACCGUGCUUUCAGGCCUGCUCGGGAUGGUGGCCCACAUGAUGUUCACCACAGCCUUUCAGCUGACUGUCAGUCUGGGCCCAGAAGACUGGAAACCUCAGACAUGGGACUACAGUUGGUCAUACAUAUUAGCGUGGAGUUCAUUCACGGCGUGCAUGGCGUCCUCUGUCACCACCAUCAACCGCUACACCAAAACCAUCCUGGAGUUCAAGCACAAGCGAAGGAACAUUGAGAAGAACUUCAAGAUCAAGCAAAAGCUCCUGGAGCUCGACGCUCCCGAGCAGGUAUGGGACAUGUACAUCAGCUCGGUGCCAAGCACCGCGGAGGAGCUGCUGGACCUUUCAUCCGACGGCCGCAAACUCUCCAACACUUCCAUCUUCUUGGACCUCAACGACCUGCCUGACCCCCAGGGGGAGGAGUACUGUUAGAGCAGAUAUUUAAAUAUUCAACAUCAAGAAGACAGUUACGGUUUCUCCUUAGUUUAGAUUAUCGGGGGCCGAAAAGAACUACGAAGACGCCCCCAGCCCCGUCCAUCCCUAACUAAUAAAAUCCUUAUCUGAUGGAAACUAUAUAUCUCUACUUAUCGUAAAAGCAAGAAAAUUGUAUCUUGCCCAUUUUUAACAGAAGUAACCAAAAUUGGUGUCACUAUUCAACUGAAGCGCACAAAAGAAAACGAUUAAAAUGUCUGUACCAAAAUACACAUUACUCUCAUAAUUGUACCAUGAAAGUAGAGUUUAGAGUUGUUUAUAUCAAGCAGACAAAAGACGGCGUCACAUCGAUGUAUUGUCAAUGUAGAUAACAAUGUAAUACAAAGCAGGAAAAUGUGCAAGAUUUCUUUAACAUCUGUUGAUUCGCAAGGCUAAAGUUAAAAAUGUAAAUGAAUGUUAAGUGUGCGUACAAUGUAUAAUGUAGACACUGUUACAACAACUGUGUGUGUGACAAAGUUUGUACACAACUCACAGUGACUGCUGGUCCACCGAUGAAAUAGGCAGCUAAAGCUUACCAUCACACUUGUUUAUUUUUUUAUAUAGCAAAAAAAAAAAAAAAAGUAUUAGUGUUGAAUGAUAAAAUGCACACGUGAUCUUAUAGAAGGCUUUUCCAAGCCUCCGCAAUUUUGUGAUUCGAUGUCCGCUUUAAUGUAGAGGGAUUAGCAAGAUGUGUAUUAUUGUAUAGUUUUUUUUCCUCAAAAGGUAAUACAAGAGGAUAGUCUUGUUUUUGUUUUUGGUUUUUUUUGGGGGGGGGGGUUUGCCAGCAUUUUUUUCUGUGUAUAGCAUAAAAUAAUGCGCACUGAAUCGGAGUCGAGUUGUUAACUCUAACAAUAGACUUGACAUGCAUCAGCGCACUUUGUUGACGAAGUUGUGCUUCAUGUGCUUGCGAAAAUGGGCCCUUUGCUAGUGUGAAUAUACUCGAGCAAUGCAAUGAUACUGUAAUACUGCUUCCAUGAGCUGAAGCACAAGCGGUUUUACAUAUUGAUCUCAUUAUAAACUCAUUAGGUUGAGUUGGACAUUAUGUGAUAUUUUUAUGAUCAUAAUAUUGAGAGAAUUUCAGCUCAAAACAAAGACAAUACUUCCAGCAUUAUUAUUUAUUACAUAUAAAAAUUGUGAGUGCAGCUGUUGUCUGUCUCCAUGUGCCAGGGUGUACCCCGCCUCCUGCCCGAUGACAGGAUGGGCUCCAGCACUACUGCAACCCUUGUGAGGAUAAGUGGCUAAGAAAAAGGAUGGAUGGAUGAAUAAAAUUUUUUAAUUUGUGCAAGAGUCAUGUAUGUUGACAUGCAUGAUUUGCUUUUGCAGGCCUCCUAAAAUGAUGUCGCGGGGUGGAUCUGGCCCCCUGGCCUUGUGUUUGACACCCAUGGCAUGCCGCAUUAAAAAGUAGUGUUCGUUACUUGUCAUCUGCCAAGGAUACUUUCAUUAUAAUCCAUGUGCAUUUGAAUUUUGAUAAUGGAUUUUUUAUUGCGCCUCAUUAUGUUGCGUAGGUGUACCUCGUGACAUACUGUCUAGAUGAGUUUGUUGAUGUUUUUUAUUGUAUCAAAGUAGUGCAGAACUGCUGUGAGUGGAUCAAGAUGAUGUCUUGUAGUGACAGAUCUUGAGUCCGACCGAAAAUAUGCGAGUUAUUAAAUAGUUGACUUCAAUUCCUCCUCAUAGUGUAUGUGUGUAUUUAAAAUGAUGCAGACUACAGUGGUGGAUGUCUUACCUCACAGCAGGAUCCUUCCCGUCUAAGGUUGUUUAUUUCUUCUACUAGGAUACCAAUUUCAAGAAAACAUGUAGCAGCUGUGCAAACUGCCAAAAAUCAACAGAGAAGGCUUGCAUUCUAUGUGAACUUUAUACCAUGUGUCUGGCUGUUGUGUUACUAUAGAAUUAUGGAAGUUGUGAAACACAAGCCAGUCAUUUUAAGUCCAUUUGAAAGAAUGCGUACUGCUACAAGUGUCUUAUUAGAUUUGUUUAAAGUGAAUUAUGUAAAUAGAACUCGGUGGUAUGUCUUGGUUUGACUUUAAAUUCUAUCUUAAUGGACUGAAUACUAAAGCAUGUUUUAUCUAAACGUAAAAUGUUUGUGGCACUUUUUGUAGAUGUCCUUUGGUUACAAUUUGUGGAUAAUAUGCAGUUUGCAGUAUGUACGAAAUAUUAAAGUUGAAUUUUUUACA